AUGUCCGCCGACGCCCCCAGCGGCAGCCGCAGCGCCGCCGCGCUCGAGCCCGCGUGGCAGUCCGCCAGCGCAUCCGCCGCGCCCCGGCUGGCGGCGCUGCAGCGCGCGCUCCCGGCGCUGCCGUCCCCGGCGCUGCGCAUCCAGCGCGUGGCCCAGCUCGACGCCGAGCUGCUCGACGCUGAGCUGCUCUCGCUGCUGCUCUCGCCGCUCAGCAGUGCUCUGGCGCUCCUCUCGCCGGCGCGCAGCUAUGCGCCCGAGCUGCGCCUGCUGCUCGAGGGCACGCUGGCGUACUUCAGCCUCUCGCCGCUGUCGCGCGCCGCCUCGUACGGCGCCUCGCUGCAGAACCUGCGCUGGCGCAACGAGUGGGCCCACGCGCGCCGCGGCCUGCAGAGCACGGCGCGCGAUGCGCCCCUGGCAACGUGGCAGCGCGUGGCGCACCCGGCCCUCACCGUGCUCGUGCCGUAUGCGCUGGCGUGCGCCGAGCGCAGGCGGCUCGGCGGCGCGCGCUCGGGGCGCACGGAGCGCGCCAUCGAGUACGCGCAGAAGGUGUACGCGGCCGCCAGCCUGGCCAGCUUCGUCGCGUUCCUCGCAGACGGCAAGUACCGCACGCUGACGGACCGGCUGCUCGGCAUGCGUCUCGUCUAUGCGCAGCGCGACGCCUCGCGCGCCAUCUCCUUCGAGUUUCUCAACCGGCAACUGGUGUGGCACGCUUUUACCGACUUUCUCCUCUUCCUGCUGCCGCUCUUGCGACCACGGCGGCUGCUGCGCAAGCUGCUGCGCCUGCCCACGCAUCCGCUGCUGCUCGGCACGCUGCUGCAUCUGCUGCCCUCGCGCGUUGCCUCUGCCGCCGGCCUCUCGCGCUCGCCCAGCGGCGCGCCGCAGUUCAAGGCGCCCGCCUUCCUGCGCCGCUCGACGGGCAACGACGCACCGAGUGCGCCGUGCGCCGAUCUACCAGAGGGCGUCUGCGCCAUCUGCUUCACUCGUCUGCUCUCCGCCUCCUCCUCCAGCGCACUGAGCGGCAUGCGCGCCGGCAUUCCUUCUUCCGACCCGCUCGAUCCCUCAGCACAUACGCUGGCGCCGAGCCGCGUCGACCCUUCCUCCUCGCUGCCCACGCCGGCGCCGCCACGGCGCGGCGACGACGCGGCGCGGCGCGAGUGGGGCACGGGCGCACAGGGCAUCAAGUAUGCCGAUGCGCUUGUGCACACGCCGUACGCGCCCGACUGCUGCGGCGCCGCGUACUGCUACGUCUGUCUGGCGGGACGCCUGCUGGAUGAGUCUGCGCGGGAAGAGCUGGAAGAGGACAAGGCGCCGUGGACGUGCCUGCGCUGCGGAGAAGGCGUCAGGAGCGCACAACGCGUCAGCGACGUGCUGCUGCUGGAGGAGGAUGAGGAGAAGCGCUUGGCGCAGAAGACGGCGCCAGAAGAGGAAGACGAGGAAGAGCUGGAUCUGCUUGGGGAAUGA